UGUGUUUUUGCAGUGAUUCAGGGAGCUUGGGCCGUGAGUGAUGGUCCCAACAACGACGAUCGGUUUACCUAUGACUAUUACAGACUGCGCGUUGUUGGAUUGAUUGUGGCUGCUGUGCUGUGUGUGAUUGGAGUGAUUAUCCUGCUGGCUGGGAAGUGCAGGUGCAAGUUUAAUCAGAAUAAGAGGACCCGGUCAAACAGCAACACUGCCACUGCACAGCACCUCCUGCAGCCAGGUGAAGCAACCGAAUGUUAACUUCACAGGAUGACACUGAUGGACCCCAGGAUUGAGGGGCCAAGAACCACCCCCCACCCUCUCUUCCCUUUCGUCCCUACCCUCACCCGACCCCCUGCUUCUGUUCCCUGUUAUCCCCCAUUUCCCCCUGUCCUGUGUGUCGUGUAUCUAUUUAUGACUGGUCUAUUUAACCCUUCACUGGGGGGGGGGGGGGGGGGGGUGGUG